AAGGAGCGAGUUGCAUGGUGGUGGUCGCGUGCGAAAGAGAGGCGUACGAAAGAAAGAGAAGGAAGCUCCGGACCGGCGAGCCACUUGGAUCCUGCCAAAAUUUUCGCGCGGGUCUGCGCCGGCUCGCAGCGUGUCGGGAUCGCGUGUUCGUUGCGGUCACUUUGAAAAGUGCAUGCGGCCGCGGUCAGCUGUCCGGCGUGCUUCGACUCGUUGCGUCCGUGCGUGAGUUUAGUGACUCUGUGCGUCUCGAACAAGCCCGUCGUCGGUCCCACUCGGCAGAAUCGAUCCCGUAGGCCUCACCCCUGGAGUCGUCUGCUACUCCCCAGUCCGUCGUGCUCGGACGGUCGUGUUGUUCCGGUCGUUCCGAGAGCCUCUCCCCUCCUCACUGACUCGAGCAUUGUCAACUCUUUCCGUAGCUCGGCAGUUGUGAGAGUUUGACUAGUGUGCGCGUGUGUUUUUUGGGGAGCGCGACGACGGAACGGCUGUCGUGGCUUAGGUGAUGGUGUCAGUGUCGUUACUGCGGACGGAUCGCGUGCAACUUCGCUGCUGAGGGCUGGGAAGAGUGCGAGCCGCCGAAAUGAGGACCUUGCUGGAAGAUGCUCCGUUCAAGAAUGUGAGAAGGAAAGCUCGCUCCUGUGAGCCUGCUGUGCGGGAGCGGUCAAGGGGAGCGAUGACCCCGCGCGUCAUUGCCAGGAGCGGGACACUGACUUCACCCGGCGGCCUUUGUCUCUGCCUAGCCGGUUUGUUCCUGUGCGUCCCAGUUAUCGUCGGUGGUGCAGCCGAGGAUGCCGCCUGCCGCCAGGGCAAGCCCGUGUUCGUGCUGGCGACGAACGCGCGGCUGGACUCGGACGUCUUCUCGCGCGAGUACGGCGUCAACCUGACCGCGUGCGCCGAGGCGUGCCGCAGGGACCCGCGCUGCCGGUCGCUGACCUUCGUCAAGAACGCCACGGACAGCUACUGCCAGCUGAUGGGCGCCGCGGCCGACGCGUCGUCCGUCGUCCACGAGCGGACCCUGUCGCCGGUCAACGGCGUCUACUACCUGGAGAAGGUCUGCCUCGAAGGCGCCUGCGACCGGUUGUUCGUGGCCGAGUGGAUCCAGGGCAUGGAGCUGGAGGGCCACGACAACCGCGUGCUGCGCAACGCCACCCGCCGGGCCUGCCUCGAGGCGUGCGCCGCCGAGCGCUCGUUCGUCUGCCGCUCGGCCGAGUGGGACGAGCAGCGGGGCGGCGAGUGCCGGCUCAGCCGCUACGACCGCUUCUCGAGGCACGUGCACUUCGGCCGCGCGGCGGACCCGUCCGUCGCCUACUUCGACAACACGUGCGCCUACAAGCCCGUGAGCGGCGGCCACACGGCGGAGAUCCUCCUGCUGGGCAACGUGGAGCACCCGUACAGCCUGGUUGAGUACCGGGGCCUGUCGGUCAGCGAGUGCGGCGAGUCGUGCCUGCGCAACGCGCUCUUCCCGUGCCGCUCGUUCCUGUUCGGCCGCCGGGCGCAGCAGCAGACCUACUGCGGGCUCACGCAUCAGAACCGGGCCGGCCUGCUGCAGAACCCGGGCAGCUUCGAGCCGUCGCACAGCCUCAACUACUACGAGAUCGCCAGGAACCUCGACGCCUGCGACGACGAGGACGUCAAGUUCGAGCUCGUCUCCGGGCGCUACAUGACGGACCGGCCCCUGCGCUCGUCUCAGGUGUCCUCGGCGCACGAGUGCCUGGCGCUGUGUCGCGGCGAUGCCAAGUGCCGCUCGGUGUCGUACGACUACCGGCGCCGCAUGUGCCACGCGCACUCGGACACGCUGCGCACGGGCAUCGACACGAACGUCAAGCGCAACCCGCAGAUGAACUACUUCGAGAAGGCCUGCAUCUCGGCGGGCAGCGUGUGCGACAAGCACUGGGCGUUCGAGCGCGUUCCGGGCAAGGAGCUGGUGGUGGCCGGCGGGAGCUCGGGGUCGUCGCCCAAGGUCAGCGUGGAGGCCAACACCCGCGAGGAGUGCCAAGCGGCGUGCCUGGCCCACCGCGACUUCGUGUGCCACUCGGCCGAGUUCAACUACCAGCUGAGCGAGUGCCGCCUCAGCCCGCACUCGCGCUUCACGGGCACCUCGGGCGAGGCGAAGCUGGAGGACUCGAAGUUUGUCGUCGACUACUUCGAGAACAACUGCGUCAGAGAGGUGCGAGGUUUCUGCAGCACGAAGAAGUACCGGGACCAGGAGCUGGUGCUCGCGGACCUCGUCAUCGGCACGAUGUCGCAGGAGGACUGCCUGCAGCGGUGCCUCAACAGCGUCGACUUCGUCUGCCGCUCGUUCAGCUUCGAGCACGACACGCAGACCUGCUUCCUCAGCCACCACACGCGCAAGUCGGCUCCGAAGGGCGCCACUCUGCGGCUGCCCGGCACCGACCUCGUCGAGCUCGGGGCUUGCUUCGACGUGUCCGUGGAGUGCGAGCCGCACGUGAUGAGAGCCCGUGUGCGGAGCAACAUGAUGUUCAAAGGCAAGGUCUACACCCGGGGCCGACCCUCCACCUGCUCUCAGGACAUCAGCAGCAGCAUGGACUUCACGCUGCCGAUCCAGCUGGCUGGAUCUGACUGCGGCACCGUCAGCAAGGCCGAGGGUCACUUUGCCAACGUGUUGGUCAUUCAGAGCAACGACCAGGUCGUCACUGCGAUGGACAAAGCCAUCGGCGUCUCCUGCACUUUCGACGUCGGCAACAAGACGGAAUUCGCGUCCGCGAAGGUCUCGGACCCGAGGCAGACUGACCACAGCCGGGGAAAACCGCCCCUGCCGGAGUUGUCGCUGCACAUCCUCGACAUGCGAGGCAACGAGCGCGAGUCGGUGUCGCUCGGCGAGCUGGUACGCGUGCAAGUGCGCAUGUCCGAAGAAGACACGUAUGGCAUCUUCAUCAAGAACCUGAUCGCCCGCGAUGGAACGGGAUCAACGAAUCUGACGCUGAUCGACAAAACAGGGUGCCCGGUGGAGGCGAAGAUGAUGCGCGAGAUUCGUACCAUCGACUCGCACAGCAAAUCUCUGGAGAGCUACCUGGAGGCGUUCGCCUUCACCGGCAGCAGUACGCUGGAACUCGAGGCCGAAGUGGUGACGUGCCUCGAGCGCUGCAAACCGGUGCUGUGUCAGAUCCCCACGGGCCGGCGCGAAGACGACAUCGAGACGGUGACGUCGUUCGGACGCCGCCGCCGGAGGAGCACCGCCGACGGGGUGCCACUGCCCGAGGAUGAGCUGCGCCGCAGCACGCUCACCAAGAAGCUGUCCGUGGUGGCCGCGGAAUUCGGCGUGGGCCAGCAGACGCAGGACAUCAGCUACGCAUUUCCGGUCACGGCGCCGACGACUUCCGGUCGGCCCGCCAGCAUGGAGGACCUGAUCGCCGAGCAGCUGGGCGUGAUGUGCUUCGAGCCGACCGCGUCGGCCGUCAUCGGCGGCCUGGCGCUCUUCCUGGAGGUGUUCGGCUUCGGCACCUGCCUCGUGUUCGCCCUGCGCAGGCGCAAGGGCCACGCCGCGGACGAGCCCAUCUGCUACGACAACAGCGUCGAGGGCUCCACGGAUUUCGCGUGCUCGGCGCCGUACUGAGGCGUCCGCUUGCGGCCACGCACUCGCGCUCUUUUGGCGCCUCCCGUCGCCGGAAUGCCACUGGCGUUUGCCGUAUUCACCGAGGUUGCCGUAUUCACCAAGGCUGCCGUAUUCACCGAGUCUGCCGUAUUCACCGAGUCUGCCGUAUUCACCGAGGGCGUCUUUCUCCACGCUCACCGAGUCAGUGAACGGGUUCACGAAUGUUUUCGUUAGUUAAUAACUCGUUUAAGUGCAAGUCUUUCCCGUUAUACGAUCAGUGAUUUCUGUCGCUGGGCCGCUCUCGCGAUGGCAAACGUUUAUGUCGCGGCGACAGAUGGUGUCGGAAAUCGCGCGGCAGAAGUGACUGCUUUGUGUACCACCUCUGAGGCCAUGCAACGGAAAUCACUGUCGGUACCAAGGCGAUUUUCUGACAUUGCAGCCACCAUCCAUCAAUCCGUCCCAAAUCGAAACAGGAAUUCGGGUCGUAUUGCCACAAUAACCCAGUUCUGUCUUAUGUUUUUCACCUAGCGAAUGAUUAAUUUGAUGGCACUAUUCCUGUCACCACGUUUCCUUCGACGAUUGGCCGGCGUCAAUUCUUAAGCGUCAUCCUUGCCUACGAACCGCAUUGUGAACCCGGUCCCAGAUGGUUGUGAGGCGCUGCGCAUGUAACUUUCAUGUCCCGACGGGACCUUCCGGUCCUCUGUGCAUUUGUUCUGAACCGGUGAACUUUUCGCGUUGACGAAGGCAUUUGAGGCGGGAGGAGUUGGUGAUUCACUGCACCUAAGCGAGCAUGGCAUUCUCGGUGCCGAUGACCGGUGUUUUCAUGACUUCACUUCUAAUCAGUGGCAGAGACCAAACUUUCUUUUUUUUAUCUGGGUGCACUCCUACAGGCACGAGUUAGCCUAUUCGACGAGGUGAGACAAUUUUCAUCGUACGUCAUAGCCUUCAACAUGAAAUACUCAGCCAGGGCAUGCGUAAGCGCUAACUGCUAGUUCUCGCGUUGAAUAGCAGUUUUGAGACUUGGGAACUUCUAGGCGGCGCUGUCGAUUAACGCACCUUGAUAUAAGGGGCGAUGUUCAGGCCGACCUGUCAAUUUUACUCUCAUAAUACAUUUCUCGCUUUGGUAGAGGGAACUAGCUAAGUCUAGAAGCGCCCGGCAAAAGCAAACAUUCUUUUUUUUUAUCUCGUAACGCAGCUCUUUUAACAUCUAGAGUUACCCAGGUAGGGUUUCACGUGCUUGUAGUCAAAUGCAAUUUAAUUGCAUGUCUCUCAGUUCAUGCAGCGAGAACACCUUGGCUUUGGAAUCACCUUUUGCCCGCCAGGUGGGUGGAUGACUGCCGGAAAAAUGUAGGGGAAGCAUAGACACAGUGACAUCCUUUCUUAGCUAUGUAAAAGUAAUACCACGAUACUACCACUCUUCUGAGAUUCUGGCCUCGUCUCGUCUGGCUCGUGUGGAGAUCGCAGGCAGUUAUAGCAGGUCGGCUUGGCAUUCCGGUACAGUUGUACGAACACCCGUCGCCGCGAUGACACAGGGAAGGAAGGCGGGCCUCUGUCCAUUUUUCCCAAAGGUGGAACAUGUGUCGCUUCCGGAGAACAAAUGUCUAACCUGUCACCAAUUGUGUAACGUGCCACCAAGUUGUUGAGUCUGCCCCGAUUCGAAGAAGCUGCGGUGGCGUAACGGAGGUACGAAAACCGUGCAUCUGUCCAAGUUGCAGUUAGGCGUAAGCGGAGCGCAGACCCAGCGUGUGUUUUGAAUCGCGCAAGGACCGAGCAUCGCGGGCGGGAGACUGAUAGAUCCGACUCGUGCACGCCUGGCAUGAUGCGCAGUGGUCUCAGUAACGACAUAUUUAACGUCGCUUAAGCGCGAUUCACGUGGAAGGCCGAAACGUUGAUUGUGCUUGCGAAAUAACGGGUGAAUCAGUGACAGCGAAUCAUGCCGUACAAAACGGCGACGCAGACUGGCUGCUUGUGCGAUUCGGUGCAGCUUGUGCAACAUCAUGUUGGUCCGCGGAAGAAACAGGCGAUAUUAUCUGGUCCGCAAGUACCGCUUUACCAGCGUACUUAGUCGCAAUAAGUGUCGCCGGUGGGCGCAUUACCGCUUUAACCCAACGUGCCAUCCACGUUAUUCGAUGCGUGUACCGACUCGAGCAACAUUACAGAAUUCCAUUACCAUCAGGUCUUAUUCUCUUCAGCAGACAACGCUAUGCGUGCAAUUGCAUGAUUUGGCCCGGUCCUUACACAGAGGUUUUGAACAACUGAAUCAUUCCGGAGGGCUGGCCACGUUAUCGUACGUCGCCAGCACCGACGGAGUGUGUGGCACCGAGCCUUGAGACAUACUGCGGCAGUGCUUAUACUGCCUACUACGCACGAACAGAAAUGGCACGGGAAGCAGAGGAAGAGAAGGACAUAGCGCGGGAGCGUAAACCAGAUGGCAUGGCCGGUUUGUUACCCUACUCAGGGGAAAGAGGAUUAAUGGUAGAAGGAGCGAUAGCUAGAACCAUCACUACUAGCACGCACGCACAGAGAUGCACGUCGAGCCUAGAAGCUAGGGCAUGCAAGUCUUGUUUGCAUGUAGGCACCCUAUCUAGAAUCGGUCGCUGAAAACCUGUCUUUUCCAGUGUAUCCCUGAAAGGCACGAUAUUCCACCGAGUAAUCAUGAUCACGCACGCUGCGCGUGUGAAUUCUAUAGCGGGCCCUGCUAUAGUUCGCAUUGUGACGUAGUCAACCCUGUGGUCGCACCUAAUUCACUGACUCGUGAAAAGACGUCCACAUAUUUUAUGGCCUCUCGACUAGGCGCACGAAAAGAUAAGGUUUACAGCGCUCAGUGUGCCCACAGUAACGUUAUCUCGACUACGGUCGUUCGUGUUCGCAGCGCGUGUUCCAAUUUGUACAGGCUGCCAGAAACGUGAAUACAUUCGUAUAAAUGACGUGCUGUGCAGCAUUGUUUGUAACAAGUGCCGGAGGUCUCCAGGUCAAAACGAAUUGAUUUGAAGAGAGUGAUGUCAAGGGUUAUAAUAGCGCUCUCCUCUGUCGUACUGACAGAUGGGCCAAAUUAUGCAAUAAGACACAGCUUCAGUUUACUUUUGCGGCUACCAAGGCGAGAAAUGACAGCGACCUUGCAGUUCUUGAUCAAAUCAGGUCUCGAACCGAUGGUCCUAGGUAGAAGGCGCAGGCGUACUUCUGAACGCAUCGUUUCUUACGCUCAAAAUAAGUCUGCCUGCUUCGUCGUACCACAGAAACUGUCUCAGCAAAGGUUGGCGCUUCGCUGCAAGGCACAGGUCAGCCUCAACUGGACCUUUCUCCGCGAGUCAAAUUAUGCGCGGACGUCUCCGAAGCACGUGUAAAGUGGGCAAGCAAUCAAAACAUCCAUGGUGUUGAUUAGCGAACACGUGUCUCCAGAAGCUUGCGCAGUGUGUACGGGUUAAAAGAGUGAACAAAGGUAACAAACGACAUUUCGUUGUCGGCACGGGGUCACUUUGUUAGUAUCGUAAUUCGAGUUUCAAGAGAACCCUCGCAUACAGUGUCACCGCAGAGGUCAUCACCGCAUUGCUUCAUUGAUUAGGCGUUAAAAAUUGAAUUUUUUUGGGUCCCAGUAGGUCCAGAGAAACUGACCAUAUAGUCUGUUCCGUGACGCGGCGUUUUAGUCACGAGAAAAAGUUGUGCAACGUCAGCGAUGACGAACAUUAGUUGCGCCGUCUUGCCAGUAACACGCGGGAACGUUGUUCACGAUGUAUGCUUAGACCCACCGUAGUAUGAUUGUUAUCUCGCGCACGAUACAACAGUUUUGGCUUUGGUGCAACCGGCAUUGUUUUCCAAAAAUUUAAAUUGACUGUCAGUUCUAAGCUUCAGUUCCCAUCAGAUGGUUUACUGGCAAUUAGUAAAAGACUGCUUCCGGGAUACAAGCAGAAGGUAGCUUUGAAAAAGUCACUGUUGGUGGCAGUGGUUGCCUAUACUUCGCGAUUUCCUUCUUCAUCUGCCAGUUCCCGUGUGCUUGCAACAUUUCAUGCAUUUCACAUCAUUGUACCAUGUCGUCUUUGUUGUGCUCGUCCAAAUUACUUCGUGCAGCCGUCUUUUCAGCUUGAUUCUUGUGCGAAGGUUUGUGCUUCACUGCUUUCUAAAUCAGUUCCAGCCAACACCGCAAGACCUUCUCGACAGCUCUGACACCAGCGACGUUAGUUGCCACUUCUACUCGAAAAAGCUCGGAUUGGACAGAAAAAGAAAAGAGAAAAGGAUGUGGGACCUCCGUGGUAAGAGGAGGUUAGAGAGAGCGUGCUCACCCGAAUACAACGUUCCCCAGCGCGGCUGAGGGUCCUUGACGUGUGAAAUGCCCGGCAAGCCUCCGGGCUUUGCGACUUGCAUUUUUAACGUAUGCUGGCGUAUCUGCAGCGUUGAAGACACGCCGCGACGUGACAUGAAGCCACGGAGCAGGAAGACGCGUGGGCUUUCUACCGAAUUGGCUCCGUCUGCUUUCGCGACGCGCUUUUAGCGAAUCCCCCGCCGCCACAGCCUCCGGGUGUUUUCCAACGCCCUGCCUGCGCCCGAGGAAGGUGUAUUUGAACGUCGGGAAGGCCACAUAACAGGAAUACAAAGAAUACUCGCAAACGACUCCGUCCAGACGCACUGUAUACUCCAAACUCGUCGCCGCGCAAGCGAAAGAGCAAUAUGUACCGUUCCUUUCUCUCUCUAUAGAGCCGUGAAAAACAAGAAAACUGUAGCACUUGAGCAGGCGGUAUACUGGUAGUAUUGAGAAACCGCCUGGACGGAAAGCCAUCAAAGGGGUCGGCAGAUGUGUUUUUCGUUGAUAUUGUUAUUUUCUUUCUCCCGGCAAGGGUGUGGAUGACGGUGAAUGUUUCCUAAAUAAACACUUCAAACUGUCGCA